UUGUAUUGUACAAAACAGGAGCUAAAUGCAAGAGGAAAAAAAAAAAAAAAAAAAAAAAAACAGCGCUGGAGAGGCAGAAGUGCAGGAUGUGCGGCUAAUCGACGGUGACCAGCUUGCGGUCGUUGGUUCUCGAAACCCCAGCGGGAGUUACUGCCCGGCGUGCCACGCUUCCUCCCACUCCCACUCUUACACGCAUGGAAGCCUCUUCAAUUCCUCUGUCCCUCGUAUGCCUCCCUCAACGAAGAUGGGUCUCAGCAAACCCCAACGCUAGACUUCCUCGCUUCAGCAGAAGCAAGUGUGGUGUCGGCCAUGCCCGAGCUGCCACAAGAGUCCAUGCCAUGGACGGAGCGGCGGAUUUGGGCCCUACGGUGGAGCUCACCUGGCAGGUCGCCGUCGGUGCAUUAGCUGGAAUUACGCCCUUCGUUGUCGCGGGGAUCGAGUUCGGAAAGAGGAUUCAAAAAGAAAAGAGAAGGAAAAAGGUUGAAUCAAGAGGACUAAAAUUAAUAGGUGGCACAGAGAAAAUGCAGACUUUGCAGAGGCUCUGGACUUGUUCUGAGAAAUGAUUUUUAUGUCCGUUGCCCUGGCUGUGGUGGAUUUCUUCCGUGGCAGUCAUGGAAGAGGUUCUUUACCGGAUAAAAUCUUGGUCUAAGCAAUAAAUUAGCUCUGUGUUACUACAUUUCCAGUCAUUGCUGGUAAUCAAUUACUUGUUAAAACAUAAAAAAUAUUUGAUUCAUGGAAGAUACUAUUAUUUGUAUAUACAUUGAAACUUAAAUACCCUAUAGAACUAUUUAUUGGGUACUUUGUUAUAAGCUAUAUGUCAGCAAAAUAUCUUUUCUUUCCAGCAUGACAAUGACCUACGGUAAGCUGUCGAAGUGUGUGUACUGCAGAAUUGAACUUAAGCCAGUACUGAUAGUAGAUAAGCAUUUGAAGUUUAGAAUU